GGACAAACCACCAACAGCGCGAAGUUCAAACGCCAGCAUCAACAAGCACAAAAAGAAAACAAGAAAAGACAACAAUGCCCGGACUAAACCCCAAAGAACAACCCAAAGCUGAAGCCAACAUCCCCCAACCCCCGAAAUUCAAACAAACCACCAACGCCCAAGAAUCCAAACCCAGCGCCACCGACGAAUCAGUCCAACAGCCCCAAACCGGCCUCGCCAGCAUCCCCAAUUACUUCCUGCCCCCGAAAUUCCGCCGUGAAUACGCCAAGACUGCCGAAGAAACAACCCAGUCCAUCCUGGACGUGUUGCGGAGGAACUUCCACGCCCACCCGCACCUUUGGUCGUUCGUGAUCUCACAGCUCCUCGUUUCGGGACCGCCCGUUGCAGUCUUCCUGGUCGGGUUGGCUAUCCUUACUACCUUUGCGGCGGGGGUGAUUACGUUCUUCGCGUUGCUGGUUCUGGGUCCUGUGUUGAUGCUUACGGGGUUCUUGGGUGUGUGCCUCUGGGGGUGGUCGUGGGCUGUUUGGUAUGCGUGGGAUACUGUGCGCGGGUUUUAUUUUAUUUCUCGUGCUCCGCUCCCGACUGGGGGGGAGAAGAAUGAUAAGGAGAGGGUGAAGAAGCAGAAUACGCCAGAGUAUCAUUCGGGAUUUAAAAAGGAGUCUUUUGCGGAGGAGGCUAUUGAGAGAUGAGGAUAAGAAAACGGGUUAUUACCAUAGCGGUUUAAUUGCGCUUCUUCCCUUUCGUGACGAUGAUAUUAUAGAAUUGAGCAGCCAUGGAAUGGAUGCAAUUGUUGACGUGCCUGUAAAGUCUCUCUGCUACUCUGGAGCCAUGAUUUCUGAUGGUCAAUAAACCACGCAAGAUGGAGAACAAUUCAAUUCUACAGUCAGGCAGAA